UUAACUCAGUCAACUUUUGCCUUACAAUUUAAAUUCGUUUCGACUGCAAACUAUGGAAAAUUUUGUUUUCCCCAUUGAUGACAAAACUAUAAUAAUUGGAAAUCUUCGCCUCAAUUAAAUAUGUUGUGGAGUAUUGUAUUGUUUCUGCUUGCAUUUAGAUCAGUUUAUGGCUUUAAGUUCACCAUCGUUCACAAUAAUGACAUGCAUGCUCGCUACGAUCCAAUGAGAGGAAAGAGUGAUAAGUGCUCCAAGGAGGAGAAUGCCAAGGGUUUAUGCUUUGGAGGAUUUGCAAGAGUAGCCACAGCUGUAGCCAAUGCGCGAGCAGAGGGACCAACGUUGUAUCUCAAUGCGGGAGAUACUUUCCAUGGCACCUUGUGGUAUCAGGUCUAUAAGGGCCAAUUGGCUGCGCAUCUAAUGAAUCUGCUCGAACCGGAUGCAGUGGCACUGGGUAAUCACGAGUUCGAUGAUAACGUCACUGGAUUACUUCCCUUUGUGGCCAUUGCCAAAUUCCCGAUUGUUUGUUGCAAUCUGAAUAUUCAGAAGGUUCCGGAGCUACAAAUAUUUCCGAACUUGGUACGUUCGACAGUCAACACGAGGUUGGGCAGGGACAUUGGCAUUAUUGGCUACAUAACGCCGCUUACGAAAUACUACGUGCCAUAUAAUCAAGUUGAAUACCUCGAUGAGAUAGAGUCCAUUAAUAAAGAGGCAAGACUGCUAACCAAACAAGGCGUAGAUAUUAUAAUUGCAUUGGGACAUUCUGGAUACGAAAAGGAUCGGAUGAUAGCAUUAACAUGUCCGGAUGUUGAUGUCGUUAUCGGCGGACACUCGCACACAUUUCUUUAUAGCGGAACUCCGCCGGAUUACGAUAGACCAGAGGGUCCAUAUCCCACUGUGAUAACUAGACGCAAUGGCCAGAAAGUACCUGUAGUUCAGGCUUAUGCCUUUACCAAAUACUUGGGCAGAAUUGAGCUGGAGUUUGAUGAUAUGGGCAAGUUAAUAAACUUCGAUGGUGCUCCCAUGCUGCUGGAUAAGUGGGUAUCGCAGGAUGCCAAUAUCACGGAUAUCUUGGAUAUUAAGAGAAAUAAAAUUGAUUUGCUCGAAAAACAAUAUUCAGUAGACCUAAACGAAUUUCUGAAAUACAUAAAGUCUGAGCAUACCGAUGGCGAAGAAGACAUUUCCUUGUCAAAUGUAGACGCAGGCAUAUUCUCUCAUGCAAAUUUUAUCAAAUUUGUGAAUCUAGCCAACCUAUUGGGAACGAUUGUAUUCAUAUUCAUAUUGUCUUGAAGUACAAUUAAAUUAAAAAUUAUAUUAUAAUUAAAAGAA